AUGGGCGCACACACAUGUGACAAUGGUGGUGCCGGAAAGUGUGAAGAUGUAGGUAUGAUGCAUUCAACUUAACUUGCAGGGAUUUGAUUUGCAAAGAAAAUUGGCUGUCAAAUAAAUGAUCCUGCUGUCAUGAAUGUACCAUAAAUAUGGCACAUUAAACAUGAGCUUAGGCUGAAGCAGAGGCAGAUUUAGGGAAGCAUGACCAAUUCCCCCCCAACUGGGUGCUGGACCAAGAGGGGUGCCGCAGGGUGCCACAACUAUGAUGUAGCACACACACAGAAUGGAAGGUCAAGGGGUACCAAAUUUUGGUCUCACACAGGGUGCCAGUGAAAUUUAAAAGACCAAAGUUUGCCCCUGGCUGAAGCAUAUGUAUCCGACAUGUGGUACGUGUAGUAAUGACAUGUGUACAUGUGGUAAUGACAAAGGAACUGUGGCAUAAAACUUAAGGGUUGCUAAAAGGAUAAUGGCAGAGGCAUGACAAGAAAUCGUUUAUUAAGCAGAUCACUUUAACGGCAUGGGAAUUCAUUUCCAAAACAUGGGCUCUACAGCUUAUGAACAUUUGUGCAGAAUAUUAGUAAUUUGUGGAAGCAUAGAUUUGCAUCAUGUCAUUUUCAAGGCACAAAAUCCCAUUGCUCGCUAUCCUCCAUGCAAUGGAGUGACCCCAGAUUCCAAAGCUGCCUUGUGGAUGCAUUCCCUCUGCCAUGACUGUGAGUUGCCAAGUGCAUUACUACACAUCACCUGUCAUGGGAAUUUAUUUCCUUAACAUCUGAUGCAAGUAUUAGUUGGGUGUUCCCAGCAAAAUAUAGAAGGCUCUGCCCAUCAAGUCUUAUUGCUAAAGAAGGCACCAACAAUAUUAUAUGCUUUGGAACUCAUUCAAAAAACCUACUCCUGUUGAAACACAGCAAGAGGACUCUGGUUGGUAAUAUGUUCCUUGACUCUAUUUUUGCUUUUUGUUUGGCUCCAUUUCGAGGGUUUCAGUAAGGAAUAGCAAGGUAUGGUGGAGUUGUUAAUAUUUUUUGAAAGAAAGUUUAAGCAGGUGUGGGGAAUUCAUGGCCACCCAAGGCCAGUGGUCAGCAAGGAUGGGAACUGUCUAGAGAGGCGGAACUUAAGCAUCCCCGACUUAAAACAAAGGCAGCUCCAAAGAUUACAAACAAGUGCACAUAGAGAAUGUGAGCUGCGCUGACUCUGUUCUCACUUCUUGUAUCUUGCAGAGAAUCCCAUAUGUUUUCAUGUUUUGUAAGCAGCUAUGGAAACUAGAAAUGAAAACAAAAACUGGAUGCAGUAGGGCUGGCAGUUGUUAACUCUAUUGUAUAAUUUGCAACGCAAUUCUUACUAUGCAUACACAAACAAUAGCUAACUGGUUUAAUAUGCAAUGUUUAGGAAAAUGAAUAUUAAUUUGCUUAUAUGAAUUUGUAGCCUGUCACUGUGUGGCUUCAUGUGGCAAAAUGUUGCUCUGCUGUUUCCCUUCUACCAGAGAAUGUUCACCUUGUGCUACGUUCUUUAUAAAUAUGACCCAAUCAUUCAGAACCAGCCACACAAAAUUAGUAAUUGUGCAUGUAUGAAUGAUGCACUGCCGGUUUUCUCCAGUGCCUAGGGGUCCCUUUUGCCACCUUUGAUUAGUAUGCCAGCUGUGGCUGCUCUUCGAGAGAGAUAAGUUGGCAACAGUGAGCCACAGAUUGAUAUCUUCCAGAUUUAAUUUCUUCAGUGUGCUUUACCUGAGGCUGCCCUUCACUUUGGAGCAGAAGCUGCAAAACAGUGUAAGUGCAUGGUUGAUCUUUGAGGCAGCCUAUUGGCAACAAGUGAUUCCUUUGCUGAAAGCAUUGCUCUGGCUGCCAGUUUACUGCCAGGCUAGAUUCACGAUUAUACACUAUAUAAACAGUGUAGAAACAGCCUCUCCUCCUGCAGCCUCCCCCAGCCUGUUAAAUUUGUUCAUGAUACCAUCUACCUGUCAAGCUGCUACCAGUAACUCCCUACUUUCAAGGCUCGCCGGGUUCUGGGAGAUGAUGGGUCUGGAAUGCUUUCUAGUGAUCAUGUGUCAGCCAGCUGCUCCGGCUCAGCCUCUCCCUCUUCCAUUAUUUCCCAACUUUCCCCCUCAUCUGCUUCUGAGCUGUGACCUCCCUCAAACCCAUGUUGUAAAUCUAAAUUGACUUCCUCUGGAAGGGUCAGGCUGGGGAGGUGGUCUCCACUAUUCCUCCUCUGCCUAGUGGUGUAAGAAGGGGGUGCGGUGGGUGUGGUCCGCCCCGGGUGUCAUCACUGAGGGAGGUGACAAAAUGGCUGUGAUGGCCUGGGAAUCCGAUUCAGAAGCCGAAUUGGAGGAACUCCAGCCUGCACAGGAGUCCCCGCCUCCAGGGCCAGCUGAGCUGGGGCAGCGCCUUGACUCUGAGGCACCUGCACCUGUGCCAGAUCCUCAGGAGCAGGCACCAGGUGAAUCUACUCUGGCUCUGGAGGGGAUUGAGGACACAUUGCCUAUAGGUGCACCUCUCCCAGCCCUGUCAGGGGAAGGCAAGUCUCCCCCUGGGCCCAGUAACCCUCCAGCCUCUCCUGAGCUGCAGAGGCUCAGGGCAGAGAGGUGGAGGGAACUGGUUUCUCCCAGGAGGAGUGCUCGCCUUAAGGCCAGAAGAGGCAGGUCACCUGGGGGCCGGGACCGCCCCUGGCCUCAGAGAAGAUAAAGGCCAGUCAGCCUGGUCCCAGGUUGCGGGAGCAACAUCGUUGAAGAGCUGUUUCGGCCAGCACCCAGUCCUGUUCCUCCAGAGUUCCUGUCCUUGCCCGGCACCUCGCUUCGGACCCCGCUUCGCCCGUGGAGGACUGUCUGCCAACCCUCAACUCAGGUCCUGGACCUCGCCCCACGGUAACCUCCCCCCGGGACUAGCACAAUGGCAAAAAUAUGUGUUUUUGAAAAAACGACUCCCACACCCACUGCACCCUGUUGGCUAUUUGCAGACUAGUUGCACUGCAGAGAGCUUGCUGGGGGGACCAAAGAAUAUCUGGUCUUGAGAUUCUUUGAAUGAAAUUUAGCUUGCCUAUAGCAGAACGAUACAAAGUUUUGUUAGGAAAUGGCUUAUCUUCACCUGUAAAGGUGAAACCACACACCAUAGGCGUUUCCUUCCCAUUCGCAUUUUCUAAACAUAACAUUUCAACAAGAUCAUCAAUUUUUGCAGUUUGAUGAACCAGAAAAGAUCCAUUUUUGCCUUUCUCAAUUUGCAUGGAUAAAUAAUUUUUAGUUAUGCCUAAUUCCACCACAUCAAAUUUCUUCUGUAACUGUGAUACUACCUGUUCAUAUUCCUGUUUAGUUUUUGUAGAAAUUAACACAUCAUCUACAUACGCACAUAUUUUUGCUACAGCGUUUGCCCUUUCCUUUAUAAACACACAAUGGUCUGCCCUUCCUUGUGAAAAACCAAUAUCCAGCAAUUCUUUUGCUAAUGUUUGGUGCCAAUUCCUUCCACUUUGGUGCAGACCAUAAAGGGAUUUAUUUAAUUUGCAUACCAAACCUUCAGCGACGUCUAUGCCUUCAGGAACACGCAUAAAAAUUUGGUCUUUUAAAUCUGCAAACAAAUCUGCGGUUUUUAUAUCUAAAUGAUAAAUAGAAUGUCCACGUUGUGAUGCAUCUUUUAACAAAAGCUUAACUGUUUCAUAUUUUACACUUGGUGAAUAACACAAAUCAUAAUCUUUGCCUGGAAUUUGUUGAAAACGCCUAGCAACUAAUCUAGCCUUGUACCUUACCACUUCAUUUUUGUCAUUCAUUUUAACUCUAUAAACCCAUUUUGAAUCAAUAAGUCUCAUAUCUAGUGUUUGUAGUACAAGAGACCAAGUGUUAUGCUCUUUUAAAGAAGCCACUCUGGGCAGCUCCCAAUCAAGUGUUAAAAACAAUAAAGCAUUAAAUAUUAAAAACUUCCCUAAACAGGGCUGCCUUCAGAUGUCUUCUAAAGAUAAGAUAGCUGCUUAUUUCCUUCACAUCUGAUGGAAGGUCAUUCCACAGGGCGGGUGCUUCUACUGAGAAGGCCCUCUGUCUGGUUCCCUGUAACCUCACUUCUCGCAAUGAAGGAACUGCCAGAAGGCCCUUGGCACUGGAUCUUGGCUCACCCUGCCCCCAUGGCAGCUUGCCCUGCCCCCAUGGUUGGCUUGCUCUGUCCCCGGCUGCAGGCUGCACGUGCCACCCCGGGCACCUGAGCGGCUAACUACUACACUGCUGCCUACCCUGUAGGUAGAACAUGCUGCAACUCAGGCAUGUGUUUUAUUUAGUUAGUUCAUAAAAUCUAAGUACUGCUUGUUUAUAUAGAAAAACUUCAAAACGGUUUGCUAAAAAAUAUUUUUAAAAAUAAAAUUAUCCCCCCCAAAUUACACCAUAAUUUAAAACAUAUAGAAAGUAAAAACUACAGUGAAAUCAACUGAAACUCAUACAAAUUUUCUAAAAAUCUGGGUAGGCUUGUCUAAAUAAGAAUGUAUUCAGCAGGCGCUGAAAGGAACACAUUGAAGGCACCUGCCUAAUAUCAAGAGGCAGGGAAUUCUAAAGUGUUGGUGCUGCCACACAGAAAGAUCGAGUUCUUACAGAUGUGUGGGUAUUAUGUGAAGUGGUCAAGUAGGCACAUGUGGCGUAAGGUGAUAUCGUAAGUAAACUGGUGCCUUUAGGCACUGUGGCUCCAGAUCCCUGGAAUCAUCUUCUCCUUGAAUGGAAACAUGCUUCAACAUUUCUAUAUAUUUAGAUGUUGGCUGAAAACUUUUAUCCUCCAAUUAGUCUGCUCAGGUUCUGCAAUGUUGGAUUCGUGUUUUUAAUACUGUUUUAUCAUUUGCACAAGGUUUAAAAGUUUUGGGGGGGUUUUUUUUGUAUGGUACUAAGGUAUUCUUUGAAUGUAGAGCAGUUCAUAUAUUUUGGAAUAAAUUAUUAAAGUGUAUAUAUUUUGUCAGCAUUACUUGUGAAGUGAUAGCUGUGAGUUUUCCUCACCCCGUCUUGUUUUCUCCUCUUCCACACCACCUUUACAAACAAUACAUAGACAGAAGAUGUGGUGGUUUGUUGCCAUCGCUUGCCUAAUACAAGCAACUGGAGGCUCAGAAGAAUUGAGUAGGAGGAGAAGAGAUGCAAAUCCUGAGGUUCACAUGAAUGUCGUAAGCUACAUAAUCUUUUUAUCAAUGUUAUCACAGAUGCAGGCCUGAGAUAGGCCUGGAAUGCAGAUCUGAGGGAGCCAAAAAGCAGCACUUGUUCCUUCUCUCUUCCUUCCCCCAGUCUAGAACAGGGAUAGCCAACAAGGUGCCUCAAGCUGCUGUUGUGGCGCUCCAGUUCCCAUGAGCCUCAGCCUGCAUGGCCAAAGGUCAGGGCCUAAUGGGAGUUUUAGCCCAACAACAUCCGCAGGGCACGGUGUUGGAAAUCCCAGAUCUAGAACAUCAAAAACAUAACUAUUGAUUAAUGGGGUGGGGAUAUGCAAUUAGGAGCAAUGACAAACAACCCAUUGGGGAAUGCGGAACUUUUCCUUGAAGUGAUACUGAGGAGCCUGGGAAACACAAAGCAAUGCUGCUUCCAGUUUCCCUCCUACUGUCAUGAACUCUGCGCAGACUUCUUGGCAGAGUGGCUCAAAGGGGGGAGGAAGAACUGGACAAGAGAGUUGAUCUUUGGGAGUAGCCCAGUGGCCUGAGAGGUGCAGAUCCUUCAAGUGUCCCUAUUUUUCAGAAACAGUCCCGGAUUUACAGAACCUGUCCCAAUUUCUGUUUUGAUCCCAGAAUGCCCCGCUUUUACUUAGGACAUCCCUGUUUCCAUUGGAGAAAUGUUGGAGGGUAUGGAAUAAGAUGUCCCUAUUUCCAUCAGAGAAACAUUGGAGGGUAUGGAGGUGCUGAGCUGGAUGCGGGAGAAGGGCUGAGUGGGUAGUCAUGAGAACGCCCUGCUUCAGCGCUGUCAGUGCCCAAGAAGAGCUGCCUGACUUGGCUUCCUGCUACUGAAGCACUUCUCGCUUCUGGGGAUGUGCCUGAGUCUUAAUCAGACAGGAUGUGAUGUGGCUGAAGCAGUGUGAGCGGACACAGCCCACUUACCCAGUUCCAUAGCUCAGGGUGGCGGCUGCAGAUAUGCCUAUGUCGAUUCCUAGGGCAGCUUCUGUCAAUCCAGGAUGUCCCAGCUAAAUUGGGAGACUUGAGGGGUAUGGAGUAGGUCUACCAGGAUUCACCCAAGGUGGUCUCCUCUCUGGCAGACAGAUUAAAACAUGAAUUAAAACAUCUCAGCAAUUUAUUUUAUUUCUUUUUCAGAGUGAGCUGAUCUGUUACAAAGGAUACCCCAGUGAAGAGUAUGAAGUCUUAACAGAUGAUGGCUAUUAUUUGACAAUAAACAGAAUACCUUUUGGAAGAAAAAAUCUUACAGUCAGAGGUAUCUGGUAUAUAUUUAUAUUUUAACAAAUCCUAAGUCUAUGAAAGUGGUAUAAGAAAAGCCUUAAUCGCUAAACCAGUGCCGUGUUUUGAAAAUACUAAAGCUUUACUUAAGCUAUCAAAGCCUCAGUCAAGCCCAGAAGUGACUGGUCCCAGAAGGCCAUUGCAUGACCCCUAGAGCCCCACAAAAGCAUUCAGAAUCACAGGUCCAAAAUCUGCCACUGCAACUGUCCUAUGUUGAGCAGGAAGGCCUGAAGGGGGCUUAUAAGUGCUUUCAGCUGAAUGCAGUUCCCAGCCUCUCUGUAAGUGAGAAGCAGCUCGCUUGGUCAGAAUCACAUGGAAGCAUCCCCAUAGAAGCACAUGGAAAGGUAUUGAGAAGAGCAUGCUUUCAAGGUCGCUUCAAACCUUCCAGGAAAGUCAGUGGUGGGGUGCGCAUCCCUAGUGCAUGUGGGGGCUUUGGGAGCAGGGCUGUUGGCUGCACACACGCCUGUUUCAGUGUUCACAUGUUCUUUUGAAUGCUUGAAUAGGGCUUUGCUAAGAAGCCUCUUCUACAGUCAAGGCUCCGAUUCAUGUGCCUAACAAAGUUAUUGACAUAAUGGACUGAAAUAUAAAUGAUGGUUUCGGAACAUGAGAGAUAUUUCUUAAAAUCAUCUUUGUUAUCAUGGCACGGAAAUUCUUAUCUGCUUUGUUUUAAAAUUUUCUUUUUUAAACUAGGUCCCAAGCCUGUUGUGUUACUGCAACAUGGAAUACUUGCAGAAGCUAGCUUCUGGGUCGAAAACAUGGCCAACAACAGCUUCGGAUUCAUAUUAGCAGACGCCGGCUAUGAUGUUUGGAUGGGGAACAGCAGAGGAACGAGCUGGUCUCAGAGACACCAGAAUCUGUCAACUGACCAAGAUGAAUUUUGGGAUUUCAGGUAGUUUGGAUGGAAAAAAGUAACAAUAUCAUAGCAAUUGACGGUAUUAUCUUGCACAUUAACUAUUAAAUUAUGAAGAUAAUAUAAAUAUUCAUGAAAUUUGCAAACACCUAUUAUUCACUCAGAUUAUUCACAUUACAAAAGCAAGCAUGGCCUGAGUAAUGUCAACAGUGAUUGGCAGUGCCUCUCCAGGGCUGAUGUCAGAGAUCAAACUAGGGACCUUAUCCAUGUAAAUAAUGGACUCCUACUAUUGCACUACUGGCCCCAUGCCAUCAGUUAUUCAGAUAUACACAAACUGAUGAUAAACAUUCCAUGAACUUUCAGAUUAUGCACCUAUCAUCUUCUCUAAAGAGAUGCUGGUAGGUAGGCUACAUACCAGAGGUAAUGCUCAAUGUGUGAGAAGAAUUUUGUGUGUCUUGGGGUAGUGGUGGCUAUUAACCAGUGCAAUGAUAUAAUUUUGCUGAAACAAUUAAGAUAUUCCCUGCCUUUUUGAAAGACUUUUUGACCACAAAGUCAUGGAACUCUUCUCUCUUCUCAUCCCUACCAGCAGCAUCUACAUGUUAGGCAUGGGCUUUAGCGGGAGAGAUCUGCACAGCAUAAACUUAUAUCCAGCAAAAUCAGAGUGCUGUUGUUGAUCAUAAUAGUUAGUCCUCGUUAGGGAUGGAAGGAUCUGUCUGUAGAAGUCUACAAGCUGGAGGUUUUUCACAUCCUACAGAUCUAUGUGUGAUUUUCUAUGUCUGAUGCCUGUUAGAAGUAAAACGUGGAUGCCAAGACCCUCAAAAUGAAUUCUGAACAAAAUUGGUGAAGCAGCAAAGAGUCUAUUGAGUACAAUGCGUUCAUGCAAGAGCAGGUGUCCAAAGUAGGAACAGCCCAAAUUGGCAAGGCACAAUCUUAUAUUCUUUAUACCCAAAGCACAGGUUCCCUCCCUUGUUUCCCCACUGGCUGGGUACAUGCAGGGUUUACAGCCUAUCAUGACCACCUAAUUAAAAUACUAAAAUCCCCGCCUUUGUUGACAUCUCCCAUUACUCUAGUUCCAACGACUGCUACUCCUGUUUACCUUUCUCCUUAUUUGGUCCAUGUUUCUUAUGGUUUUACACAUUGACUCAAGCAAUAAAUCCACAUCCCAACCACUAGUGGGUGUAACCGAGUCCCAUAUUAGUUGAAACGUACAGAUAAAUCGCAAACGGCUGCAAACAGCCCUAUCUAUAAGCCUCCUAACCACAAGAUAUGUGUAAGCAAGUUUCUGCUGUCUGCGGUCAUCUAACCGUUGCAGCCUUGUGGCCUUUUGAAAAGGCAACAUUUUUAUUCCUCACAAUGCCCCUUUCCCCUGAUUCAUAUGUGAGGGGACCAUUGUGGCUGGGUGAACCUGCUACUCCUAGUUAGGGAUGGAAGGAUCUGUCUGUUUUGGUUCUCUCAGUUUGUCAUUUCCCCCCAAACUUAAAUUUGGUUCUCCACAUAUCUGCAGCAAUUUGAAAAUUUUCUUUUUAACAAGUCUUCAGGAAAAUUAUUCAGUGCUUUAGUGCAGAUUUCUCUUGAUAUAUUUUGGUGUGCACAUUUUAUCAUGUCAUUUUCACUAAUUUUUAUUCACAGUUUUGCAUAAUAUGUGUAUUUUUGCAAACUUUUGAUUGGUUGGAGGAUGACAUCACAACAUAUGGAUAAAUAUGAAUUUUGAAAGACGGCCGUGUUUCAGUUGUCAUAUUGUCUUAGAAAGUGCGAAUUUGAAAAAUUCAGGUUUCAAUGCAAUCUGAAUCAAAUCCCUUCCCCUCCCCUCAUCAUACCCUUAAUUUCAAUAGGGUUACACUGAGCAGGACAGUAACUAAAAGCUAUAGAUCUCUACGCAUGUUGGAUUUCCACAUACAUACUGUGACCUGAAUGUGUGGAAAGAAGUAGAAGUCUACAUACUGAACAUCUUCACAUCCUACAGCCUGCUUUUAUGUGUGAUGGUUCUUCAUGAGAUUCAUGUGUGAAGUGAAAAAACGGGGUGUGGGUGUGAUGUUUAGUGAUGUUCUGUUGCUGGAAGCAACCGCUGCAAAAUUAAAGUGGAGAAUAGGGAUGGUGGCGCCAUCACCUGGUUCUGCACCCACAUUUCAAGCAAAACCUUCCAGAAGGCAACUCUGGGUGAACAUCUAGGAGUUCAGAUGAAGAGGUGUCACUAAUUUUGCCAUAACAUUUAAACCUUUUCUUCAGUUUCCAUGAAAUGGCCAUCUAUGAUCUUCCAGCAAUGAUCAACUUCAUUCUGAAGAAAACUGGGCAGAAGCAACUGUAUUACAUAGGCUACUCUCAAGGCGCUACCAUUGGUAUGCUAAAGUGGACUGGUCCAUUUUUGUCUCUUUCUCUUGUUCUCUCUCUUUCAAAAAAAAUGUCCUAUGUUCUGCCCUUCUGGAUCCUGGAGCCAGCUGUAAGGAUUCAAGUCUUGCCCCCAGCACUGGCAAUGAUUUUGUGAAUCUGUCAGCACUGUUUUGCCUGCAUUCCCUUCAUGCUCUUGCUUGACUCACCUAUAGGUUACAUUGGACUCUCGAGGGAAUAUCGGGUGGAUAUGGUUUCUAGUAGACCAGGGAUCAGAAAUAACCACCCCCCAGGCUAGAUGCAUCCCAGAUCCAGUUUUCAAUUGGCCUUCUGGGUCCCCCCCGCCCUGCAACCAUCAGCUAUUCAGUGGGAAUGAAAAUAACCUGUUAUGUUACAGAAUAAAACCUUACAAUAAGUCCCACAGUUAUCGUGACAACUCUGACCCUGCUGCUCACACAGCUAUGGUCCAGACCUUCCCAGUGUGAGGUCCAUUUUAGGGCUUUACAGUAACAAGGCAAACAGAGCUCAGUGCUUGUCCCAUAUAACUUAGAUUAUAUUACAGUUGCUGUGUAGUGAUACCUUUUAAAAAAUGCCUAUAUGACCUGAAGUCUAGAAUAGGUAUUCAUUGUAAAUCUGUUCAUUCACCUAAUGAGUAUAUCUGUAAAAGAGAAACUUUUAAAGAAUCACCUACAUUACUUUACUGGCAACUGGCUUCAACCUAAAGUGAAGAGGGGUGAGGGUUGGGUUUUUCCACUCUUCACUGCCCCUCAGUUUCCUAACAGCAGCUCCAGUGUCCAUAUAAGGCAGAUAUAGGGAACCUGUGGUCCUCUAGACGCUGUUGGACUCCAACUCCCAUCAGCUCCAGCCAGGAAUGAUGGGAGUUGUGUUGCAGCAACAUCAGGGGGACCACAGGUUCUCCUCUGCUAUAGGGCCAGGGAGCAAGGGGGAACUCAUUUCAGUGGUGCCCUGUGAAAUGCCAAAAUUCAAUGCCUUUAAUUAUAGUAGCAGAGCUCCCAAGGAUCUGCACCUAGUGUGACCAAGCCGGUUGUGCUACCCUAAGUCUGCCUCUGCAGGGAGUACCCUUUAAACUGGUGAAUGAAUUUUUUAACAUGGUUAUCAGCAGCUCCAAACGCCCACUGUGUUUUUCUCGUUCGCCCUCCUCUCCCUUUCAGGUUUCAUCGCAUUUUCAGUCAUACCAGAACUGUCUCAGAAAGUCAACAUGUUUUUUGCCCUGGCUCCUGUGAUUUCUCUUCAGCGUGCAACAAGCCCUAUGUUGAAAAUAAGCCCCAUGUUUCCUGAAUACUCAUCCAAGGUACCCGUCAAUCACUAUUUUAUGACCGCGGAAAUCAAGAAUUUGCAAAUGGAAACUCAACCCCCCUUUCAAAAUUUGCUCAUCUCCAAAUUAUGGUUCUCUGGCCAAGUAAUAUGUACAAAAAAUGCAUAAACCAGGGUAAAAUAUUCAUAUACAGUAAAUAGUGAAAAUAACAUACAAAAUGCAUUAUAAUAGGGAAAAUUGCUCUGCAAAAAUUAUGUGUGCUCGGCAACAUUGCAUACAAAAAUGUGCAUUGCUCAGAAAUUUUCAUGCAGACUUUUUUGUUUUGUUUUGUUUUGUUUUGUUUUGUUUUUAAUCACAAACUUGAUGUGGGAAUUAUGCAGAACUGAGCUUAAGCAUGGGAGAAUGAGAAACGGAGAAAAAUGAAAUAGAUGAGCCUAUCCACACCCACUGGCAGAGGAAGGGGGGGCGUGGGGAGAGCGCACCAGCCCAGGCACCAUUGAGGAGGGGGCUACAAUCGUGGCCACCCCCGGACACAUGCCACGCACCCCCCACCAUGCCAGGGCCUACGCCUCCGUGAGCAAUGCGUCAAGCUGGAUAGCUCAGUUGGUAAGACCAUGGUGCUGAUAACACCAAGGUUGCAGGUUCGAUCCCUGUAUGGAUCCCUGCAUGUUCCUGCAUUGCAGGGGGUUGGACUAGAUGAUCCUCAGGGUCCCUUACAACUCUACAGUUCUAUGAUUCUAUGAUUCUAAGAUUCUAAGAUUCUAAGCCCACUGGAUGCGCACCAUGCCCCUGCGGGCGGUGCGCCACGCCCCCACAAGUGGUGUGCCACGCCCCUGGGAUGCGCGCCAACCACUCCCCCACCUACUCUCUAUCCCUGGUGCCGGAGUAUGCAGCUUUGUCACUGUCCACACCCCAACCUUCCUGCAUUGAACUGGAAGGUCUGAAGGGGACUUUUAAGUAGAUUUGGUUGGACAGGCAUACAAACCUCCCUGUAACUGGAUCUGGGUGUUAUCAGCGAAUGUGGGAAGGUUGGAGAUGGAGCAGGUGCAGCUGGCACAUGUAGGCACACUGAGGGCAGGAUCACCACAUGGUUUCCUCCUCCUGGUCUCCAAUUUAAACCUUUUAGGAGGUGCAGCCAGGGAGAAGGAAAUCCCUAGAGGUGUGUAGCUUAUUUUGCCACUUUAUGAAAGCUUCAUUAUAUGUAAGGUCUUUAUAUCUUUACAGAGCAUGCUUACCAGAGGAAAAUUUGUUUUGUCUCGCAAGCCUGCGAGAGACUUUAUGCAGAAAUUAUGCCGCGCUUCUUUUAUGCAGAAAUUAUGUGUGCGCCUCAUUUUCACUAUUUCGGGUGGAUUCAAUGCAACAAAUCUAAACAUGGUAUGUAGAUGUGUGAGGAAGGCAUAGUAGUUGAUUACUGGUUUAGCUAUAUGUUCUACUUUUCACAAGCUUUCGUUUUUGAGGCAAAAAGCUUCCAAAGGGAGCAAAAAUUCCAUGGCUAAUUGAAAUCUUGGUUAGAGUCAGAUGAAAAUGCUUUACACACUGGAAAAGUCCUGUUGAACAGAAAUAAUAAUAAUAAUAAUAAUAAUAAUAAUAAUAAUAAUAAUUUAUUACUUAUACCCCAGCCACUCUGGGCGGCUUCCAACAGGAUAUUAAAAACACAAUAAAACAUCAAACAUUAAAAACUUCCCUAAACAAGGCUGACCAGCUGUCUUCUAAAAGUCAGAUAGCUGUUUAUUUCCUUGACAUCUGAUGGGAGGGCGUUCCACAGGGAGGGCGCCACUACCGAGAAGGCCCUCUGCCUGGUUCCCUGCAAUUACUCUUCUUGCAGUGAGGGAACCACCAGAAUGCCCUCGGUGCUGGAUCUCAAUGUCCAGGCAGAACGAUUGUGGUGGAGACGUUCUUUCAGGUAUACUGGCCUGAGGCCAUUUAGAGAUUUAAAGAUCAGCACCAACACUUUGAAUUGUGCUUGGAAACAUAAGAGGACUUACUCCUGAGUACAUACACCUAGAAUUGCACCAUUACACCACAAUCCUAUACAGGCCUACUCAGAAGCAAGUCUCACUGACUUCAAUGGAACUUAAUUUCUGGAAAACGUGUACAGCUUUGCAGCCUUCAUGGGUUGGCAUGUUUGCAUAUGUCCAGAUUGCACAUGAUAUGAUUUCAGAUCAGAAUGUGUUUUCAAUGAAACAAAUCUGUGCACAUUUUUUGUUCUUCCCCUUCUUCUUCUUCUUCGAAAUAAUAUUUAUUAAAUUUUCCAUUUUAAACCAAUUAAAACCACAUUAAAACAUUCCAAAUUACAAUUAAUCAUAAAAAAGCCAAAUACAAAUGCUGAAUUAUCUAUCUUUUUGAGUGUCUUCCCAUGCUCUGAAGUUCACGGAGUGCUGAUCAACCAAUGUUGCAUUGCAUUUCAUAAUUCUUCAGUGAACCACUCCAAUGUUAAUCCUUCUGUCUUUUAUUUAUUUUUAUUCCUUCAGCCACUGGUCUGUUCAACUUUCGCUUUUAUAAAUCUGUGUGGAAUCUUCCUUGUUGAAAUCCAUAUUAUAUUUCUGCUCUCAAGGGCCGUAAUAUUCCAAGUCUCAAACAAAGAGAUGCCAGCAGCCCUUGGCAACUCUCCUGGGUUCCCCUCUGCGCGUUCGCAGCAUCUCUUUGCAAGCUGAUAUUUCUGCCAGAUCUUAACAACUCAGUUCAGGAUUUUUCCCACUGAAGGUAGCUGCCAAGUCCACACUCAGACCACAUAUAAACAAAUCAAAGUGGCUACCAAAUGCUUUUCCAAACCAGCUGUUUUUUAAGUAGUAGCCUUUCUGGGGGAGGUUUUACCAAAUAUAACUGGGAAUACAGAUAUCAAGAAAUAGAACAUUAAAGGCUUACCUCCCCCUGGGACUAUAUAAUUACCGGUAAUCCAUAUGUUGAUGGAUUUAGCAAAGUUACUUUCAGUUCUCUGUGGCUGCUUGCAGAUUUUAAACUGUGUCACUCCACUCUGCCAUAAAUCUCAGGCAAACAUCCAAAGUUGUUUGGCGUCUCUCCAGCUGUUAAUGAAAUGUUGCUUCUACGCUGAUACAAUAAAUCAAACCGGGGCGUCCUUUCAUCCUCCUCUUAAUUAACUCAUAGUCAGAUUCCACACCAUCCUUUUCAUUUGUUAGGUUUAAAGUCUACUCACAUAUCCCAAGCAGCGUCUUAAGUUGUAGCAAAAGUCUUUCUCCAGAUCUAAUCCUUCUCAGUGGCUGGUUAAAUUUGCAAGUUAUUUUCUCUCCGCUAGUUCAAAGUAAGCCUGCUAAAUAAGUCUGAAUUUUAUCUUUAAAAAUAAGCAGGAGCCCUAUGCUCAUGACGACGACAUUCGGAGAGUUACCUAGGCGUGUGUGUUUUCCACUCAAUGCCCUCUGCCCCCACAAUCCCUUGGGAUGGGUGUCAGAUAUUGGGCAACUGCGGCUGAAUCUGCCUCCUCUACAACCCUGGAGGAGUUUUGGGGAGGCUAAUUACUCCCAUAUUCCCUCCCUUAUCCGCACAAAAAGGCUCUGAUGGGAAAAAACACACAGCUGUCAGCCAGUCAUUUCUACUACACUUCAAACGUUUUCUGAAAUCACUGGUGUUUGCCCAAAUUCCUCAUUCUCACUGAAACUGCAUAGCUUCCUGCUCCAGUCCUUUUCUCGUUGCAAUGUGUCCCCUCUAUUCCCCACUACCACCACAAGGUGGUGCUAUCUCAGUAUUGGAAACCUGAGAGAGGCAGAUGUGGAGCAGCUCGGGUGACCAUUGCUAAACAUGAAAGGUGAGCAAAUGGGAUCCCAGAGAGAUUAGAGUUCCUGGGUUUACAGCUCAGGGUUUGUCUAGACUGGAAACAAACCAUGAACUUGUGUUUGCGUGACAAGCUAAGCCAAAUCAUGGCUUAGCUCACAGCAGGGCAAGAGCAGGAGGACCCCGAGAGGAACGAAGCAAACUCCUUUCCAGGAAUCUUCACACUUGGAACUAAGCCAAGGUUUUUAGCUUAGCAUUUCAUGUAAACCAAUCCCCUAAGUACUAUGCAAACACAAAAUACCAUACAACAAGAAAUUCAGAUAUAAUCAAAGGAGUAGCAGUAUGACUGGGCUUCUAAAAUACUUUAAGUCAGGGCCUUUUUUUCCAGCUGGAACUCACUGGCACCUCUUAGGUGGGCACUGUUGCCAUUCUAAGAGAAAGAGGGAGGCGAUCAUGGUGAGGUCCGGCACCUCUUUUUCUAGAAAAAAUGGCGCUGCUUUUAAUACUUUCAAAAGCACAGCAUGGGGUUGGACAUUACCUUGACAAGCAGCCACUGACUGAUCUGUCUUCCGUGAUUUUUUCUCGACGCCUUUCAAAGCCAGCAUUGCAUCUUGCAGAAGCCAAUUUCCAGCUGAGCUAUGCACUGGGUGGCAAAGAUCGUUUGUUUUGUCUGUCCUGAAUCUGCCAACCAAAAGCUUCACUGGGUGGCUUCAGGUUAUUGAAAUACAAGAGGGUGAAACCCCAAACCCUCUCCCUCUGCACCAUGCAUAAUUGUAUGCCAAGGGUCAGCAAACGUUUUCAGCAGGGGGCCGGUCCACUGUCCCUCAGACCUUGUGGGGGGCCGGAUUAUUUUUGGGGGGGGGGUUGGAAAUGAACGAAUUCCUAUGCCCACAAAUAACCCAGAGAUGCAUUUUAAAUAAAAGCACACAUUCUGCUCAUGUAAAAACACCAGGCAGGCCCCACAUAUAACCCAGCUGUGCAUUUUAAAUAAAAGGACACAUUCUACUCAUGUAAAAACAUGCUGAUUCCCGGACCGCCUGCAGGCCGGAUUUAGAAGGCGAUUGGGCCGGAUCCGGCCCCUGGGCUUUAGUUUGCCUACCCAUGUUGUAUGCUAUCCUACUCACCUUAUUUUAAAAAUGUGUUUGCUUUUCAAAUCAAAUGUUUCUCACAGAGCCGUGCAGAUGUGUAUGCAGCUCAUUUUCCAGAUGCAACAUCAUCUAAAAACAUUCUACACUGGAAACAGGUAGAGUUGUGCACUUUUAAGCAGAUGUGGUGGUCAAGAGGGUUCUAUGGUUCUAUGGUCUGUCAAAAAUUGCAAACUCAUAUUGACUGCAUUUGUGUGUUCAGACCCAGAAACCUCCCCCCUAAAUAAAUUCACACUGGCCUCAAAUUUUGGUUUUGGUUUUUGGCAGAAUUUAGGCCACAACGUUAUUGAUUACAGAAAGUGAAUGGUUGCAUAGGUUCUGGUUCAACUAGCUCCCUGCCGUGCAGGUAUAAUAAUAAUAAUAAUAAUAAUAAUAAUAAUAAUAAUAAUAAUUUAUUAUUUAUACCCUGCCCAUCCGGCUGGGUUUCCCCAGCCACUCUGGGAAGCAUCCAACUGAAUAUUAAAAACGGUACAGCACCAGACAUUAAAAACUUCCCUAAAGAGGGCUGCCUUCAGUUGUCUUUUAAAAGUAAAAUAGUUGUUUAGCACUAUUAGCACUGACCCCAGGGUUCCAGCAUAGGUCAGCCAAGGGUGAACACCUGGAUAAGCGGAAAGCUGGGAACAAGCUAUCUCCGCCACCCAAAUGUCCCGCUGGAAUCAGGCACAGGCACAACCCCCUCUCAGGGGCUGACCAAACCAUUGAGUCCCUGGAUUCCUUUAACGGAAUACCCUUACAUAGGGAUGGCGAGAGCGUUCUCCCAUCCCUAUCACUUGAACCAGAGCCUAUCCGCAACCUUACAAAUUGUGAAGAUUUGCUAAGUGGCAGGCGAAACCCAAAUGGCAACAGCCAAUCAGCCAAGUGGGAAAAACUCCUGCCGUGCCCCUAUCCCAACGACAGACGACACACGACAGCAUAACAAGGUCAAGCACAAAGCCCUAAAAGUAGGGAGAGGUGGACUGGUGUUCCGAAUGAACGUGCCGAAAGGGGAAGCUUGCAUGGGUAUAAAUAGGUCCCUUGAACCGUUUGGACUGCGUCCCAUUGGCCAGAUUGCACCCAGCUAUGAGGGACCUACCAAUAGGGUGUUGUGGCUGACCAAUCAUACCUACCCACAACACAGGGAGUCGGUUGUCCAGGUCUCACUGCAAUACGUGCCCUCUUUAAGGGAGGACCCGAUAUAACACUUAACUGUUAGAGCUUCCACCAAAGAAAAUACUGGAAUUGUUAGCGUGCGUAACAUUCCCUGGGAAGCCCUUAACCACAAUUAAACCAUUUUAAGUUGGUACUAUUGUUCUGCUUCAAGCUGUCUGCUGAUAAUACCAGCAGUGGCAGAGUUUUCACAAUGUUCAGUAAUAUGUAUAAUGCAUUAUCUAAUUCUAUGGCUCUCCUAUUAUUUUGAUAGAUAAGAGAUUCGAGGUUAUUCGGGUAUUUUGACUAUGGGAACAAGAAUGAGGCAAGAUAUAACCAGGUAAGAGAGAACAACUUUUAGGUGAAAAAAUAAGUUUCUUCACUAAUUUAUAUGUAUUCCAUUUUUCCUCCAUGGAGCUCAUAAGUGGUUCUCCUCCUCCCUGUCAUAUUCUCAUAACAACCCUCAAAUGGGUUGUAUCCAACUUAGAUCUAUUCAGUGUAGACCCAUUGAAAUGGACGAACUUGAGUUAGCCAUGUAUAGCUUCAAUAGGUUUACUCAGAUUAGGACUACAAUUCUCCAUGUAAGCAGAAGCAGAAUAUCUCUGAUUACAUAGUUACUAUGGAGAGACCACAGCAGCCAGUGAUCAUUACAGCUUGUGGGGAUAACCAGUUGGCCAUUGUGGGGUCAAGAAUCCUAGACUAAAUGAAUGUGAUGUGGAAGACAAGUUCUUAAGCCCUUAAAGAAGAGUGCAAACUCAGUAUCACUUACCAUAGACUAGAAAUUAAUUACGCCACAUUCCACAAUAUGUUCUUUUUAAAAAACAAAACAAAACAAUUUUUAAUUAAUUUUCAUUUAUAACAAUCCAAUACAAGCCACAUUAAUACAAUACCAAAUUAUAAUACAAUUAAAAAAGCCAAUUAUCCAAUACCAAAUUAAACAAUCCGUGCUCUAGAUUUCAGGGAAUGAUAUUCUUAUUUCGUUCAGCUCCAAUACUCUUAGUUAGUCCAAAUACGACAGUUCCGAUCCUGAGUUUUAUUUUUAUUUUUAAUAUAAGCAGGGGUGAUGCAGAAGCCUGGCUUGGAAACAAACUCUGCAGUAAGAGAGGCCCCCACAGGAAGUGGCCUUACAGUGAUUCAGACCACUGGUCCAUCUAGCUCAGAGUUGUCACACCAAGGCAGCAGCUCUCCAUGAUUUCAGAGUGCAAAGCAGGCACUCUACCACCUCCUCAAAAUGUGGGGUGAAUCUCCCAACUCCCAAACUCCUUUUCCUCACUCAGAUCAAGCUCUGUGUGCUUGGAGGGGGUCCCAGAGCCAUUUCCAUCACCUCAAACACUCUGCCCAUUCCCAUGAAGGGGACAUGGUGCUGGCAGCAAAGAAAUGAGGAGAACUCUCCUCUUUCUCCUCUCAUCAUCAUUCUAGCUGCAUGAUGGGCCACAGACCACAGGGGUAGCUCUUCAGGGGAGCUUGUACUGCCACUCAGAUUGCCUCAGGGUUUCCCCCCACCAUUGGUUAGGGGUUUUUUUAAUUCACUUUUUUGCAAUUUUAUAAACCACAAAUUCUAAAAGUGGUUUAAAUCAUUUCUACAGAGGACAGAGGUACACUUACUGUAUUUUUAUAUGGGUUUUGGUUGCAAAAUGGGGGGGGGGGGAGACAGCAGCUAAUCCGAGGAGAGCCUCAGUGGAUUCACUCAUCCCAAUUUAAAUCAUGCUAGCAGUCCAUGAGUGUUCUAGUUAGGAAGAAGGAAAAUCUAUCCUCCAUAUAAACCUGUGAACAGCCCAUAGGUAGUCUGAAUUGUGUCAAGGUGCUGUCAUGAAGAACACUUGUGUGUUUAUGGGUGUUUAUUGAUCCUCUUUCUUUUACUCUCCAGAGCGUUCCACCUUUGUAUAAAGUAGAAGACAUGAGUGUCCCAACUGCAGUGUGGUCUGGUGGGAAUGACAUCAUUGCAAGCCCAGGAGAUACAGCCAUCUUAGUUUCUCGCAUCUCUAACCUAGUUUACUACAAAAAUAUAUCAUACUGGAACCACUGGGAUUUCAUCUGGGGCCUCAAUGCCCCCAAACUGGUGUACUGCAAAAUCAUAGAGUGGAUGGGGAAGUCUCUGUAAAUCGAUAUUUUGCUAUAAUAGAUUUAAUUCACUAUAUUUUAUUAACCAUUCUUUAUUUUACACCUGUCACAACAACCCCUGUGCCCUGCUAACAUGGAGAGCCCUUCUAGGCCACUGAAACCCACAGUUUGCUUGAGUUGCAAAACAAUGAAGCUUGGAACUGUGCAAUGGAAAACUUAAGAAACAGAAAUGGAAUACUAGCUCCGCCCAAGGUAUGAUGGAUAACAGCAACAAAUGACAAAAGAUAGACAUAAUAAAGUAUAAGGACAGAAUAAUAGCCACACACAAGAAGAGCAAAAAGAGAAUUUGAAG